UGGGGGUUCAAGGCAGCCCACCCUUCCGACAUCCCAAAGGAGAAACUUGCUGGCUUGUUUUUGGGGAAGGAUGAAGGUCUUGCCUGCCUCCCUCUUCCUCUUCCUCCUGCCACUGGCCUCCCAGACCCCUGUCCACUCAACCCAGUCCUUGCUGGAGAUACUUGGGGAAGACCUGGCCGCCUUGCUGUCGGCCAACCAAGGGGACCACCAGCCGCCGAUCUCCCAAAUUCUACGCGGCCAGCACCCCCUCCACGAUGCCCCCGAACCCCCAGCCCCCUCCUCAGGGGAGCGUGCCUGGAUCCACUUCCUGAAAGACUUUGUGAGCACCCAGAAGAAGUUCCGGGGGCGAGGCAAGAAGAUGGCCCAGCAAGGGUGCUUUGGCAUCAAGCUCGACCGGAUCGGGACCCUCAGCGGCCUUGGGUGCUAACGGUGCCACCCCUCUGACGAAGCCCCACAGGGGCCGAAGGACUCUGCACAGACAAAAGCACCCGCUGGGUGCUUGCAAAUAAAUCACCUUGCCUGCCCCUCCGGGCGAUCUGCCCCAUGUCAGCCUUGGAACAAGACCAAAAAGAAAAAGAAAAAAGCCCCUCCAGUACCCUGACCCCCACCCCCACGGACUUACUUCAAACACCAAGCGUCUCAUCGUGCCGGCAAUUUGUAACCGAUUGGAACCUGUCUUA